AUGAUCAUGUUACCUUCGUUGGCUUCCAAUUUUUAUAGAAAAUUUGGUAGACAGUAUACUCAGUGGAAAUACUAUAAUUCAAUAUGUAUCGGCGCUUAUCGGAUUUUACAAAGAGAGAGUAUCUUAUCAUUACAAAAUAAUAAGAAUAUUUAUAGACGGAUUUACACAUCUGCAUAUUUUAAUGACAAAAGUGAAAUUAAAGAUGCUAAAGAUAUAACUGACAAAUUAACUGCAGGAGGAAAAGACUCGCAUAGAACUGUAAAGGAAAAAUCUUUAGGUGAUAUAAUUGUAAAGACAGAAACUGAUGCAGAUAAGGUAGUUACUAAAGUUACAAUUGAGAAAGCAAAGUCUCAAGAAACUGAAGAAGCUGCAAAACAAGCUGCUGUAGCACCACAAAAAAAGAAAAGAUUAUUAAUUGAUUUUUCUGCAUCAUAUACUGAAAGAAAUUUUAUAACACCCAUGAGAGCUAUGACUGAGUACUUGUUAAAGCAAUCUGAUUUGGAAAUGCUACCGAAAGUUCUCAGGAGAUCUCCAUAUGAAUCAGAGCCACCUAUCACUGUCUAUUAUAGAAAAGAUGUAGAAGCUAAAGCCAUUGAGGUAUGGGGUUCAAAAGACAGUCUUGAUAAAGAACUACUUAGAAGAGAGUUAGACAGAAGAAGAUAUGAGCAAGAUGUCUUUACUGUCAAAAGAAGAUUAAGAAACUAUAGAAGAGAAAUGGGCCAUAAACGGUUAAAACAUGGAGUUGAGGAAAUGGGUUUAAAAACAGUCUCUGGAAGAGUUGUGCUUACUGCUGUUGGAAUAAAUGGAUGUAAUUUUCUCUUUAAGCUAUGUGCUUGGUUAUACACUGGAUCCCACAGCUUAUUCUCUGAGUGUAUACAUUCUCUUGCAGAUACAGUUAAUCAACUUAUUUUAGCUUAUGGUAUACAUAAAUCUGUACAGAUUGCAGAUCCGGACCAUCCAUAUGGUUACACUAACAUGAGAUACGUCUCUUCACUCAUAUCAGGUGUGGGCAUCUUCUGUGUGGGUUGUGGUCUUUCUUUUUACCAUGGAGUAACUGGUAUUUUAGAACCCCAACCUCUUCAUGAUUUUUAUUGGGCUUAUUUUGUACUUGGUGGGGCAGUUGUUUCAGAAGGAGCAACAUUAAUGGUAGCUCUUAGUGCAAUUAGGAAAGGUGCUAAAGAAGCUAAUAUGACAUUGUAUGAAUAUGUGAUGCGGAGCUCCGACCCGUCAGUGAACGUGGUGCUGUUCGAGGACACGGCGGCGGUGGCGGGCGUGGUGGUGGCGGGCACGUGCAUGGCCAUCUCGCAGUACACCGGCAGCCCGCUGCCCGACGCCAUAGGCUGCAUACUGGUCGGCACGCUGCUCGGGGGCGUGGCAUCGUUUAUUAUAUUGAGUAAUGUCGGUGCUUUGAUUGGCAGAUCAAUUCGUCAAGAGCAGUUAGAUGAAAUAAACAGUGUAUUAGAGCGAGACUUUAUGAUUCGAGCCAUACACGACGUUAAGGGUAUAGAUAUAGGAAGUAAUCUUAUAAGAUAUAAGGCCGAGGUGGACUUCGAUGGCCGUGCACUAACAAGGUCUUAUUUAGAAAAGCAUGAUUUAAACACAUUACUAGAGGAUAUGAAGAAAAUAGAAACAAUUGACGAUGUAGAAUCAUUCCUACUCAAGCACGGAGAAAACAUUGUUGAUAUGUUGGGAGGAGAGAUCGACAGGAUAGAACUGAAGUUAAGGAAAAAGUUUCCUCAAAUACGGCACUGUGAUUUAGAGAUUUUG